AUGGCAUUCAUCAUCUCUGCAUAUUUAUUGGUCUUCUUCACUUCAAUUAUUACAUCAAUUCCUAUGAUCAUAUUCACAGCAACUGUAGUAGAAGACCUAAACAACUUACAGCCACCUGCUAAUUUCAACUCCACAAUCACAAACAACUGCCUCACAAACCCUUCCCUCAGAUACUGCGGUACCACCGCCGCCGCUUACGAUCUUCGCGAAAUUUUCAAGUUCACAAUCGUCGCGAGCCAUUUAUGCAACAUUUCGAAGAAUCCAAACUGCGUCGAAUCUUUUCCGAAAAUCGACCUUCACAGCCAACCGAAAUUAGCACCGCUUUACCUAUCGUUCACUUUCUUCUGGAAAUUCUGCCCCUUAACCGUAUCGUCGAUCGAUCUUUCGAACAAUUCGUUGGAUGGAAAUUUCCCAAUUGAUAUAUUGCAUUGCUCUCAAAUUCAGUUUCUCGAUUUGAGUCAUAAUAAUUUUUCGGGUGAUUUCCCAAUGCAGAAUUUUUCGGUUCUUGAAAACCUCACUUUCCUUAACCUAUCUUAUAACGACUUCUCCGAGUGUAGAAUCUCGGAAGCCCGUUUCUUCGAGCGUUUUAAUUCUACGAGUUUUAUCCAUUCGGGCCUUAUUCCGAAUCACAAAGAGUUUAAGAUCAAGGCAGUGCUUUUAUUAGUUGGUUUUCCAGUUCUUGUUAUAGCAAUGGUGGUUUGUUGGGGAUGGAUUAUAUGUUUCAAAAGCAAACACAACUUUACACCAUCGAUUCUAGAAUCAGCGACGGAUGGAUUUUCGAGACGAAAUUUGGUCGGUAAAAAUAAAGAAUCGAGUACAUACAGAGGGGUUUUAAAAGAUGGAAGAGAAGUAAGAAUCGAGAUUUAUUUGGGUAAUAAUAAAAUGUCGAGAGACGAACGAAGGAGAUUCGUCGAACAAUGUAAGGUUCUUGUUCGGUUACAGCACAAAAACUUAGUCCCUGUACUUGGCUGGUGCGAUAGCAGUCGAUUUAGCGGCAUUGUCACCGAAUGGAUAAACGGAGAGAACAUCGAAACAUGGCUGACAAACAAUGCUCCUCCGUGGAAGCAAAGGGUAAAAGUAAUAUUACGAGUUGCUGCCGGAAUUUGCUAUUUGCAUCAAGAGUGGCCCCACAUUGGUUACAACCUUAAAACAAGAAACAUAGUCCUGUCUGAAGAUGGAGAACCGAUUAUAACGAGUUUCAAAAUCGACGAUCAUCACAGCAGCAAAACGAAAACAUGCAAGUUUGGAAUAUUUAUGUUGGAGAUAGUGACGAAUAGGAGGGCGGUGGAGGAGUUCGAGAAGAAGGAGAUUGGUUUUGUCGAGUGGGUGAAAUUGAAUUAUUCCGAACAUGUGGAGAAUGUGAUCGACAAGAGAAUGAAGAAGACGGCAGAAAUUGUUGCCGAGGCUGCAGAGGUAAUCGAGUUUGGGCUGAUGUGUGCAGAUAUAUCGAAUAGUCGGCAAUUAAAAUGGGAUAAAAUAUGGGAUUUGCUGUCGAAAAUGGCUUCCGCAGCACGAUUAGCUUCGCCAGAUCAUCAUCAUAGGACAACACCUGGUUUAGACAGAGGCAGAGUUUAA